UCCAAUUCCCCAUUCCAACAGCAGUGUCGAAAUUAUAAAUCCUCGCGAUGGCAAAAGACGACGACGUCAAAGCCACAGCCUGGACCCUGCGCUUCAAGCACGGCAAGCACACGAUCCUCCUGUUCGCAGAACCCCUCACACCUAUAUCCACGAUUAAAACCGAGCUCCUCACCACCUUGAAAGAGCGUUACCCCGAUGGUCUGCCGACCAGCACUGCGGAUGCACCGCUCCCGAUCCCAGACUCUAUUAACGAGGUGCUGCUCGGGGUGCCGAUAGAUGUGUACGAACCGAGCAAAGGAUGGGUGGAGAUGGGCACAGUGGGGAGCACUAAGGAUUGUCCGAAAAGCCUGGGCUUGAAGGAUAAUAGUGUGAUUGCGUUUGCGUUUAUUGAGGGGGAUGAGGGGGAGGAGAAGGUGCAGUUCCAUGUGGAGUGGAGUAGUUAUGAAGACCAAUAUCCAGAGGAUAUAGGCGAGGACGAGGAAUAGGAUUGCGAUGGGGAGUAAGGGACGGCGUUUCGGAUCUGGAGGGUAUUUAUGUUGGGCGCUUGAUUUCCGGUUACUGGAGCAUGGUGGAAAGGUUAUCGGCAAGAUGGUGAGGUCCAUUUCAUGCGACCCUGCCGCUGGAAAUUAUAUCCAGAGGAUGGUUUCCCAGCUAUAAGAAAAGUUAAUUCUGAAGUAUAGAAGGAUUUACUCCUAAUACUAUCGAUUUCUCGGGCCAAGUUUCACUUCCCCUUUCUUCUUCCUCUUCUCUUGUUGGAUAUCAAAUGAUACAGG